AUGUCCGGACUUCUCGGAGGCGUUACCGACUCUGUCGACAAGACUCUCACUGGCGGCGAUGAGCAAAAGGGACAGGGUGGACUUCUCGGAGGUGUUGGAAAUGCUGUUGGACAAACCACUCAGGGUGCUGGGCAGGCUGUAGGGCAGACAACUCAGGGCGCUGGACAGGCGGUUGGACAAACGACACAGGGAGCUGGACAAGCUGUUGGGCAGACGACGCAGGGUGUUGGGAAGACCACUCAGGGUCUUACGGGGCAGUAA